AUGACCAAUCACGACGCUUGGGCUAUCCAGAAAACAAUUCUACAAAUGGAGUUCCCUUUCAUCGUUCUCAAAUCCCUGCAAUUUGCGCUGUUCCGGACCUACGGCAUACCAACGAUAUCUACACUCCUACUCAAAACAUCUCAAUUCUCCGAUACGGCAACUUCUUUCAAACGCUACGCUGAUACAGGAACACUUAUAGGCGAGUUCAUGGCCUUCGACCCCGAUUCCGAACGCGCUCAGACAGCUAUCGCCCGAACAAACUUUCUCCAUAAAGGAUACCGCGCAAGUGGAAAGAUUCUGGACGAGGAUAUGCUAUAUACACUAAGCCUUUUUGCGAUGGAACCGAUCCGGUUCGUGAAAUUAUAUGAGUGGCGUGAAAUGACUGGAAUGGAGCGCUGUGCUAUUGGGACUUAUUGGAAGAGCCUCGGGGAUGCAUUGGGCAUCGCUUACGAUCUAUUACCAUCGGGAAAGAUUGGUUUCCGCGAUGGAAUCCAUUGGCUGGAGGAAGUUAGUAUGUGGAGCCAGGACUACGAGGCCCGCCAUAUGAAACCGCAUCCAAGGAAUAAGGAGAUUGCGGACAAGACCCUCGAUGUUUUGGUCUAUAAUCUACCUGAAUUUAUGAAGCCAAUUGGGGUGUAUUUUGCUUCGUUUCUGAUGGACGAAAUAUUGCGAAAUGCUAUGAUGUAUGCUUCAAUGUUGAGUCGGCGAGUCGGAUGCUUUGAGGACAAAUCCACUGACAUUUAUCGUUUCAGGAUUGAUCGCCCCCCUGCCCUGUUCGCUGCAAUAUUCGGGUCAAUGCUGCAGUUGCGUAGACUAUACCUGCGCUAUGUGGCUCUUCCGCGGCCGAACUUUAUGCGUUUGGAUGUCUUCACCGAAGUGCCGAAUCAAAAUGGUCGAAAUUUCGUCUUGUUCUACGACGGUGCCCCAUUUUAUGUGCAACCCACCAUGUGGAAUCGAUGGGGCCCUGUGGCGUGGUUCAAGUGGGGACUCGGGUUGCCCUUGCCUGGCGAUGAUGGUGAUAAGUACUAUCCACAGGGAUAUUAUACGCCUGAUCUGGGUCCCAAGUAUUUCGAGGGAAAAGGACGCAAGGAGUUGGACGUUAUCAAAGAGAGUAUUAGAGUGCAGCGAAUAGGUCGAUGUCCAUUUCCGUGA